GUCAGAACUCGCCCUCUCCCAGGCGCGCGCUGCGCUCUGCAUGCCGGGAUACGUAGUGAGUGACCUCGUUCGGCCUCGUUCGGCUUUUCCCAGUGCGGCGGGGGAGAGGGUCGGCGAGUCUCGCGAUAUUUGGGCGAAAGCCUCGCGAGAGUGUCUCCCUGCCGGUGCGUGGCGGAGCUCGGGCACGCCGGCUGCGGGAGUGCCGUCGCCUCACUGCUCCGUUUACACCGUGCCGAUCACCCCACCGGCUCUCGCGGGGUUUCUGAGGCAAGUCUCGCGUAGCCUGGAGGACCACAGUCAGGCCUGAGGAACGCUCUAGCUGUGGACGCCAUUUUGGCUUCUCUAGAUCUAGUCACCGGGUGCCGAGCGCGUGCUGAGCCUCUCCUCACCCACGCCAGCAAUGGGGAAGGCUGCAAAGCGCAAGAAAAAGGCCUCCACAUCUUCAAAAGCCAAGGGUUCAGCAGAAUCAACCAUAGCCAUGGUGAAGAGCAACCCCUUUGAGGUGAAAGUCAACAGGCAGAAGUUUAACAUCUUGGGAAGAAAGACCAAGAACGAUGUGGGGCUGCCCGGUGUGUCACGGUCCAAGGCUAUCAAGAAGCGAACUCAAACAUUAUUGAAAGAAUAUAAAGAAAAAGGAAAGACAAAUGUGUUUAAAGAUAAACGUUUUGGUGAAUAUAACACUAAAAUAAGUCCAGAGGAAAAGAUGAUAAAACGAUUCACUUUGGAAAGACAGCAAAAUUAUGGAAAGAAAAAUAUCUAUAAUCUCAAUGAAGAUGAAGGAUUAACUCAUUUUGGACAAUCUUUGGCAGAAAUUGAAAAACUGAAUGAUAUUAUUGAUAGUGAUAGUGACACAGAUGAAAGAGGAGCAUUGUCAGCUGAGUUAACUGCUGCUCACUUUGGAGGAGGUGGAGGCCUUCUUCGUAAAAAAGCAUCAAGUGAGCAGGAAGAUGAAGAGGAGGAAAAACCUAAAUCUAGGAAGGAACUCAUAGAAGAGUUGAUAGCCAAAUCUAAACAAGAAAAGCAAGAAAGGCAAAGUCGGAGAGAAACUGCCUUAGAACUUACUGAAAAGCUUGACAAUGACUGGAAGGAAAUCCAAACCCUUAUGGUCCGCAAACCCCCAAAGUCAGAAAGAAAGGACAAAGAGACAGAAAAACCCAAGCCUGAUGAAUAUGAUAUGAUUGUUCGCGAACUUGGAUUCGAGAUGAAAGCAAAACCUUCAGAAAGGAUGAAGACAGAAGAAGAAUUGGCAAAAGAGGAGGAGGCACGACUCCAGAAGCUGGAGGCAGAUCGACUACGUCGAAUGCAUGGAAUAGAUGAACAAGAGAAUAAAAAGAAACCCAGCCACGUGUCAGCUGAUGAUCUAGCUGAUGGCUUUAUCCUGGACAAAGAUGACAGACGUUUAUUGUCUUACAAGGAUGGCAAAAUGAACAUUGAAAAUGUGGAGGAGGAGGAGGACAAAGAAGAGGAGGAGGGCAAAGAAGAUGAAGAGGAACAGGAAGAAGAGGAAGGUGAGAAGGAAGAUAAUGAGAAUGAAGACGGUGAGGAAGAAUCUGCUACUGAAGAUGAGGAGGAUGUUGCGUCAGAUAACCACUCGGAUCUUGAGUCUGACCUUGAGAGUGAAGAAGAAGCUGCAGGAAACAAAGAACAAAAGAAACACAAGGCAAAUGAAAAUGAAUUGCAGAAUGUGGAGGAACUGGAUCCAAAAAUGGAAGCUGCCAAAUCAGAGCUUCCAUAUACAUUUGCUGUUCCCGAGUCCUGUGAGAAAUUGAAAUCUUUAUUGGCUGGAAGAACAGUAGAGCAACAGCUUAUUAUACUGGAGAGGAUUCAGAAAUGCAAUCACCCAAGUCUUGCAGUGGGAAACAAAACAAAGUUGGAAAAACUAUUUGGCUUUCUUCUGGAAUAUAUUGGAGAGUUAGCAACUCUGGAUCUACCAGAGCUCAAAGCAAUUGACAAACUCAUCCUGCCAUUGUACAAUCUUUGCCAGAUGUUUCCUGAAGCAGCCAGUGGCAAUAUUAAGUUUGUCCUUCGAGACGCUGCACAUGAGAUGGAAGAAGUAAUUGAAGUCAAAGGCCGUGCAACGUUUCCAGGCUUGGACACGCUUAUUUAUUUGAAAAUUACAUCACUGCUGUUUCCAACAUCUGACUUCUGGCAUCCAGUUGUAACUCCUGCUUUUAUAUACAUGAGUCAGCUGCUUACUAAGUGCCGCAUCACAACAUUGCAAGAUGUUAUUAAAGGUUUGUUUGUAUGCUCUUUGCUCCUGGAAUAUGUAUCUCUCUCCAAACGAUUUGUACCAGAACUCAUCAAUUUUCUUCUUGGAGUACUUCACAUAUCUCUACCCAAACAGCAGGCCCAGGGCUAUACUGUAGUCCAUCCAUUCACACCAGUGGGGAAAAAUUUAGAACUGCUUUUGGUGUGUGAUAAGAAGGAUCUGGAAAGUUGGCAGAAGCAAAACCUGCCUUUGAGUGUUGUGACUAGAUUAAAGGAAUUGAGCAAAACAGAAAUUAAUCAUAUCAGGUUGUCGUGUCUCGCCUUGUGUCUUGAUCUUGUUAAAAGAUGUGCAGUUCUAUACGAGUUUUUACCAUCGUUCCAUGAAAUAAUGCAUCCAAUAAGAGUACUCCUGACACAGCAUGUGUCAGCGAAUGAAUACCCUGAACAAAUGCAGGAAUGGUAUCACAGUGCUCUGAAAGAGCUGGAGAACAAAGCAAAGCACUAUACUCCACUGGUAUGUGAGAAAAAGAAGCCAGUGCCAUUGAAACAGUAUACACCCAAGAUUGUGAAAGUUUUGGAGUUUGGAAGAAAGCAGGGAGGCAGCAAAAAGGAGCAAGAAAGAAAGCGGUUGAUUCACAAACAUAAACGUGAAUUUAAGGGAGCCGUUCGUGAGAUCCGGAAGGACAACCAGUUUCUGGCUAGAAUGCAGCUUUCAGAAAUCAUGGAGAGAGAUUCAGCCAGAAAGCGAAAAGUGAAAGAGCUUCUUGGUAGUCUUGCUACACAGGAAGGUGAAUGGAAAGCUAUGAAAAGGAAAAAGGGGAAGAACUAACUGGGACUGUCUACACACAGAAAGUUUGGUUUUACUGGUGUAUAAAAUACCACGAUUGUAUGGCUUUUGCACAGACUUUAAUUGCAUCCUUUGGAUGCAUUCCUUUUGAGACAAAUAACAUCAUCAGAUCUGUCUGAAAAAGUGAAAGAAAAAUAAAAAUAACACUUUUGUA